AUAAAUACAACAUGGAUUGUUCUCCAUCCAAACCUGAUUCAGAAUAUAUAAUGUCCAUAGUCAUGGUAUGCUUGGUUCAAGAGCUAUUGAGGAGAAAACCGAAUCCAUCGAAUAUCCAAUAUACAACUACGUUUACCUGGAUCAGGAAGCGCACUUUGCCCUGUCGUGCGAUGCCUAUAGACUAUCACACAGAGCCUCCUUAUUGCAUCAGGCAUCGUCCACUCGGCAGAGAGACAGAAAGGACAGCUAGACUACAUGUCAUGGACUGGUGGACUACCCUGGCUGCGAGUAUAGCCUUCCUCUGGCUGCUGUGUUAUAUCGACGGUAAGAGAACCUGGUUAGCAGAGGUAUGGGAGCUUUCUUCAUCAAGGGAACGGUGCGGUAUUGGCACGCGCACGGCUCUUCCUCCUAAUUGCGGCAACGCCGUCCUGGAGCUGCGGCUCCUCCUCCACGCCCUCACCAAAGCAGCGUGCCACCUGUACCUGGCCGUGCUCCCACUGCGGCGCGCCGCACUGCACCUUGCCCGCUUCGUCUGUCACCUGGUAAACCAUGGCCCCGCCUCCGCUGGCCGGGCAUCUCCUCUUCUCCUCGAGGGGGUGUGUGUGAUAUGUGAAGCGGUACCGGACCUGCUGGGAGCCGGGCUCAGUCUGUGUGCAGUAGUCUGUCACAUCCUACAGGGGGUACUGUUCCUGCUGGCCGCCACGGUGAGGUCGGUCCAGGUGAGUGUUCUGGCCCAGAUGGACGGGGAGAAGGAGAGGUGGGACAAGGAGCAGCAUCAAGCUCGGCAGGACGAAAGGAGACAGAACUCCGGGGUGGUGGAAUACCUGUCUGUGUUCUGUCAAGACCCCAUCAGUUCACUACGACUCAGAGUGGACAUGAUCAAUAGAUAACAUCACCGUCUGUCUGUCUGUCUGUCUGUCUGUCUGUCUGUCUGUCUGUCUGUCUGUCUGUCUGUCUGUCUGUCUGUCUGUCUGUCUGUCUGUCUGUCUGUCUGUCUGUCUGCCUGUCUGCCUGUCUGUC